AUGCCAGCAAUAUUAGCGAAACAGGGUGCACCGUUCCUUCUGCGCCGCAAGACUAUAUCGUCAAGAUGGCGAAGAGCCAUUCUCUUUACACUCAUGAUCGGCGCUAUCAUGUCGGCACUGAUGCUCACAUCGAAACAAGUCGGUCGAAUAUGUCAUGGCAGCUCUUGCGGUUUCUCCAGUCUACGAGGACUAUUGGCAAAAUGUAAACACGGCCCAGCAAGCAGCCCCCAAAACGACAAUAUUGCCGACAGCGCUCUCGUAGGACAUGAGACCUCUAUAUCGGCAUCCAACCUCUCCCUCUCCAAAGACAAUGACUGUAACGAGUUCCCAGAUACUUCUAAAGUUUUGAUACUCAUAAAGACUGGAGCAUCAGAGGCAUAUUCAAAGCUUCCGGUUCAUCUUCUGACAACGUUGAAGUGUCUUUCGCACAAUUUUCUUCUCUUUAGCGACAUGGCUGAGAAUAUUGCCGGCUAUACAGUCCAUGAUAGCCUUGAAACCGUACUGUCGACGGUGAAGGGGACAAAUGGAGAUUUCGACAUUUAUCACCGGCAAAACGACUGUCCUAUUGCACAUGAGCAAUGCAACGAGGAUCAUGAUGUUGGUUUCGAAGGCUGGAACCUAGACAAAUAUAAGAACGUUCAUAUAGCAGAGCAAGCUUACAAGAUGCGGCCAGACUAUGACUGGUACUUUUUCAUCGACGCCGACACCUACGUCAGCUUUCCAACAUUAAUGGAGUGGCUCCCGACCGUUGAUCCCAACAAGCUUCAUUACAUUGGUCACGAGAAAUAUUCCGGAUCCUUUCCGUUCGCACAUGGCGGUAGUGGAUAUCUCAUGUCAAAAGCAAGUAUGCGACACAUGUUUUUUGGCAAAACCGGAGUGGGAAACAAGUAUGAUGAGGCAACGCAGGACGGCUGUUGCGGUGACAUUAUGUGGAGCGAGAUUGUGCUCAACGAGACGGGAUUAACUCCUGAGAACAUGUGGCCGGUUAUCAACGAGUUCAAGCCUCGCACGUUCAAUUACUACGAGGACCAAUGGUGCCAGCCUCUGAUUACGUUGCAUCAUGUCAAUGGAGAGGAAAUCAACGACUUGUACGCUUUCGAACGAGGGCAAAACUUUGCCAAGAGGAUCAGAAUCAAGGAUAUGUACUACCGGUUUGUGGCUACCCAUCUGGUCGAAUCACGUUCAGACUGGGACAAUGGGGGUGAGGACGUCUACUACUUGGAUCGCGAGGCUAGAACGUACGAGGCGUCCGAACUGGACAAGGCCAAGACGGACGAGCUAUCGGACAUGGAGCUCGUGGCGCAUAAGAACUCGUCGAGCUGCAAAGACGUCUGUUACUCUCAAGAGGACUGCUUCCAGUGGAGAUAUCGGGAUGGCAUUUGCGGCCUGGCGUAUAACAAGAUGCGGCUCGGCAAUGCCGUAAAGAAAGAUGACGAUGAAGCCAAACGAUCAUUUAGUGGAUGGCAUAUGGAUCGGAUCAACAAGUGGAUUGGCGAGCAAGGCAAUUGCAGUGAAACAUAUCAAUGGCGGGUAAUGGACGAGCAGAGAAAUAGGGACUCAGGAACAUAA